AAUGCCUGAGUCUUCUAUCGGCAACUACUACGAGCUUAGCAAUUAUGCCGUUGAGAAAGCUGGCUUCCUGAGAGUACUCAUGGACAUUGUGGGUAUCAUGUCUGAACACAACUCAUACCAGCGAGACAAGUACAUCACGCUAACACCCAGCAUGGGCAGUAUCAUGGAAUAUUUCACGAAGGAUGAGAAGAAUUAUUUUAACCUCAUAUUUGAAGAAUACGACUACGAGUCAGCAACUCACAUCUCUGAGGAUUUGGCCUGGUCGAUGGCCAUGGUCAGAAUUACAUCUAAAGAUCCCAAACGCCCAGUACCGAAGACCAUACCAAGACGGCUGAGUAAGCUUGACAUGUUAAAGAUCGCUGACCUUCACGGUUGUAACGAGAGAACAACUACCACUAAAAAGCCCACGACUACCACUAAAAAGCCCACGACUACAACUAAAAAGCCCACGACUACCACUAAAAAGCCCACGACUACUACUUCUACGACUACCACGAAAAAGCCCACGACUACCACUGAAAAGCCCACGUCUACUACAUCUACCACUACCACUAAAAAGCCUACGACUACUUCUACCACUACCACUGAAAAGCCCACGACCACCACUUCUUCCACUUCAACUACCACCAGAUUUGACUUUAAUUUCAUCAUUGACGGAAUCGAUGGUGGAGAUUUUGGUGUUGGUUUUUCUGACGCAACUACAACGUCAACCGUCAAGCCAACUACUACAGAAAACGACCCCAGGCUGCUCUGGAACUGGAAUGUGCAAAAUUCUUCACUGGCAGUUCAGUUUCUGCCCAUGAAGUUGAUCAUCAACGUCUGGAUCCUGCCAUAUUUUCUUUAUUUGCAAAUUGACUUAUAACAUAGACAUUGAAUUGUUGAAUACUUGUUAUGGGGCUAAAGUUAAAGUUAAGGUUAAAGUUAAAAGCCAAAAGUUAAAAAA